UGAUGAAAGUGCUGUUCAUUCUAGUUUUUGUCGCAAUCCACGAGGCAUCAAGUUGUACAACCAAUACUGCUAAUGACAACGUGGUGCAUAAUCAGAAUCAAACUUCGGUUGAACAGAAAUUAUCAAGAAGAAAGAGAUUUUUGUUAUUUCCUCCAGGCGGUGCCGUUACAAUAGGUGCUGGUCUCAACAAAUAUUUCGAUUUUGCCAAGGCCGGGAGUCAUUAUGAAUUUGUAGAGUUCGAUAUAUCAUACCCUCUCCCGGAAUAUUCGUUCCGAAUAACGCAACACAAAUUAGGCGAAGUUUAUUGGCCGGAGAGUGGACCGAUUUUACCUCCCCCAACGCCGCCGUAUCCAACUACGACACCCAAUCCUGUCUCACCGCCGAUAACAUCACUGGAUUACCCUCAGCAUGACCACCACGAACACGACUUAUCAGAAAUUGAACUGCAAGCAUAUUAUAGUGAUCAUCCUGACGCGUGGGAACCUCCGGACCAAUCCGAUCGGUUCCCUCGCGAUUCCUCCAAACCAUACAAGCAACGAAGCACAGUUCCGAAAAAUGAGUGUGACAAUCGGCGCUGCCAAUACAAUUUCCACGGAGGGACAUCCAAGGGCAGUGUGAUCGAUGGCGUAGAAGACAGACACAAUAUCAACCAGCACCGUGAUUGGGAACAUUUCUAUCACUACCGGGAACGGCGAGAUUUGUAUCAUGCCAUUAAAAACGCGAUUGGGGAGAGCGAACGUAUGUUACUGAAACCUGUGAUACUGAAUCGGUCGGCAACGGAAUCGGCUGAAAACUCAUAA